AUGAACCAACGUCCACAGGAGUUUGAACAACAGAAGCUUGUCCCAGAGUCUGUACUUCUUUGUUUUGGAAAAGCUCCAAGAGUCCCUGAGGAAGAACUCUCGGGCCGGACAGUCACGGAGCUCUGGAAGCGUUUCAAACCACACCUGCAGGAUUUUCAGCGUGUGCUCCAGGGUAAAGGCCCGUGGAGCGCAGCCAAACAGCGGUGCUCCUCACUGAAACAGUCCGGGGGAACGAGCUCGGGUCACCGGGUUCACAGCCUCAGUCCUCCCGCUGUCCUUAAACCCAGGUCGCUCUGCUCCUCCCCCGUGGAAGAGGGCGGUGCCGUGGAGCCACAACACACAUCCGUUAUGCGCGCAGUCAAGUCCACGGUGACGCAGAGCGGGAAGAGCCGAGCGACGUUUCACAAUAAAAGAAUCAGAAGCCCCUGA